AUGAGACCGGUCCCCGGCGGAAAACGAGUUGCGCCCAGCGUGGCAGGGCUGGAGCCUUCCUCUAAAAUAAGAGAAAACUUUUCCGCGGAAGAGCCGAGAUUUGGAACGACUCCCCUGGCCAUGCUGGCCGCCACCUGCAACAAGAUCGGCAACACUAGUCCCCUGACCACCCUGCCCGAGUCUAGCGCCUUCGCCAAAGGGGGCUUCCACCCGUGGAAACGCUCCACCUCCAGCUGCAACCUGGGCUCCAGCCUCUCGGGCUUCACGGUGGCCACGAGCAGGGGUUCCAACGGACUGGCCAGCGGCACGGGCACCGCCAAUAGCGCCUUUUGCCUGGCUUCCACCUCGCCCACUUCCUCGGCCUUCAGCAGUGACUACGGCGGCCUCUUCUCCAACUCGGCGGCGGCGGCGGGCGUGUCCCCGCAGGAGCCCGGCGGGCAGUCGGCCUUCAUCUCCAAAGUGCACAGCUCGGCGGCCGAGAGCCUCUACCCGCGGUACGAGCUGCAGCGGCACCUGCGGACUCACACGGGCGAGAAGCGCUUCGCCUGUCCCGUCUGCAACAAGCGCUUCAUGCGCAGCGACCACCUGAGCAAACACAUCAAAACGCACAACGGGGGCGGCGGGGGCAAAAAGGGCAGCGACAGCGACACGGACGCCAGCAACCUGGAAACGCCGCGCUCCGAGUCUCCCGACCUCAUCCUGCACGAGGGGGUGGGCGCCGCCGCCCGCGGACCGGGCAAGGAACCUACCGCGGGGCCCGGCGACUCCUAGGGGCAGCGCCGCCGGAGCCGCUCGGACUGUGCCCCGCGCCGGCCGGAGGGACGCGAGCCGCCCCGCCGCCGACGGCGUCCCGGGCCGCAGUGGGGGCGGGCCGGUGGACGGCGGGGCCGGAGGGGCGCGGCCCCCGUCCCGCCCGGCCAGUAAGUACCGAGUGACACUUUCUUCCGUUUCCCUUUUUCUCUUGGAAGGCAAGCAUCCUAAGAGAGGCUUAAGGUGAGAAAUACAGCUGCAACUCUGAGACGGUCCCUCUGUAUCCCAUAAACAUCUGUAUAAAUAGGGUUCAAAAAAGAAGAAAAAUAGGAAAAAAAAAA